AUGGCCCCACUUAGGCUCCGCUACGGCCCCGUCGCAGCCCCGCUACUCACGGACCACUUCCUCUCAGUUUGCCCCACCACUCUCACCGUUGACCUCAUCGAGAAGGCCCUCCUAGCGAUAGAGAAGAGCAUAGUCGCUGUAGGAGCCUCUUGUGGUGACCCUCGCACCCCCGUCUUUGAGGGGUGUUCUCCCUCCCCCCUCUUGCCCUCUGUUGCCUCUACUGCUGCGGCCGACCUUGCUGGUUUCGAGUCGAUUAGCACUGCGUCUGCCCCAAGCGGGAGAUGCUGCACCGGCAAGGGCAAAGGGGGCAAGGGCGCUGGAGGGGCUAGAGGGGGCGGUGGAGGUGGUGGUGGAGGCGAUGGAAGGAGUGGGGGUAGUGGUGGGAGUGGUGCUAGGGGUGGCGACGGCGGCGGCAGCAAUCGAGGCGGCGAAGGCGGUGGAGCUGGCGGAGAGAGCGGAGGCGGCGGAGGUGGUGGAGGAGGCGGAGGCGGAGGAGGCGGCAGAGGCGGCGGAGGCGGCGGCGGCGGAGGCGCCGGUGGUGGAGCGAGUCGCGACUCUACGCAGAGGAGUGGCGCUGGUGGUGGUCAGCGCCAGCAGCAGCAGUAG